AUGACCUCAUUAACAAACAAGUUAGAAGAGACUGAAGCAAAGCUUAUAGCGGCAGGAAUUAAAAUGAAAAAGAAAGGUCAGGUAGAAGGUACAAGUAGGACAGUGACAAGGAGCCAGUCAGCCAACAGAGGAGAAGGAAGUAGCGGAAGCGGAACGGCAGGAGUAGAAACGAAUACCGGAAGGACUGGAGACAACAACAACCCAACAGGGACGACAAACAGCCAGAUACAGAAGAAAGGACUACCGGGGAACGAACAAGGAGACGAGGAGGAAGAAGAGCUAGAGAGAGAAGAAGAAGAACAAGUAGACGGAAAUGGAGAGAGGGGCCUUGUACAUAUCGAGGAUUGA